CUCAGUUUCCCCAUCUGUAAAAUAACUAUACUGACCACCUUGUAAAGGUCUUUGAGAUCUACAGGUGUAAGAGCUUGCUAUUAUUAUUGCAAUAUGGAGGAGUGUCUAGUCAUUGCCCCCAAUGCCAACAAGGAGAAAAUCACUGUAAAAAAAGUAUAAAGCAGAAUGAAUUAAUAAGCUGCCGGGCAGAUAACUGUGGUUGUGACAGCAGGAUGAUGUAGCGUGGGGCUGGGGCCCCCCUCCAUUUGAAUGCAGGAGGCAGCAGGGAUGGUGGGAGGUUGGUUCUCAUGUUGUUUGUUUUCCAAUAGUUUGAUUCUAUGAACAGUUGUCUCCACCCCAGACAUUGAACGUCUCCGGCUUUCGCAUGCGCUCAAACAUUGCUGCUUCCCCUCAUCAACACCAGGCUGGGAUCCUGCCGAGCUCUGCUUCCACCAAGAGGCCCAGGCCCAGCUCUGCAGGUAGCAAAGGAGUGACAGCUCUUGCUGAAAGCUGCUGUUGUGAACGUACAUUCAGUGAAAGCCUCACUAAGGUGCUGAGGGUUUUAGCACUAAUUGCUGAGUCUCCAUGUUUCUUGCUUUGAAUGCUCACAGGCUUGGAAGCAGUGGUGUUUAGGGCACAAUAUGGGAAGGUCAGUGGUCUUCAGCAUAACCCGUCUUUCAGCAGUUUUAUUUGCUGCAGCGUGCAGAAGCAGGAAAACCACGUCCCUCCACUGCCUCAAUCAAUCAUCUUCCACUCCUGGCAAAUAUACCCUGUUGUCACAUCUGUAUUGGAGCACGUGGCCUCAUGGCUGCCCUCGAGCCCUGCACCCACAUCAGCCACAAUCCAUUUUUCUAACUGUUUCUAGGGAGCUGCUCAUUCUGGGCUCUAGCUCCCACCGGCAGUGAAAGGAACAUGUCCAGCUCCAGGAGCUCUGCCACAUGUUAGCAAAGUGCCUUGCAUUCGGUCUGUGGUGCUGUCUUUGUUGAUAGCCCAGACAGGGAGAGAACAUGUGCUGUGUGCCUGUUGUUUCUAAUAUGCCCAAUAUUAUAGUAUCUAGGCACAGAAUUGGCUCCAGCUCAUGGGGACUCCAGCUGAGAACAGGAUCUGAAGGUGGUGGGAUUGCACAGCAGCAACUGACGGCAGAACCAUUAUCACAGAUACUAAGACAACCUGUAAAGAAGCUCCAUGAAGGUGACCAGCCAUGCAAUGUUCCUGGAAGGCUGUCCUCCUACUAGCCUUGGCAUCCAUCGCAAUCCAAUACACGGCGAUCCGAACCUUCACAGCCAAGUCCUUCCACAGCUGCCCCGUCCCCAAUCCCAUGAACUGCAGCCUGAGCCAGGAGACUGAGUCGGCUGACAGACUAUGUGACGAGAGCCCAACCUUUGCUUAUAACCUCUCCAGAAAGACGCAUGUCCUGAUCCUGGCCACCACCAGGAGCGGCUCCUCUUUUGUUGGACAGUUGUUUAACCAGCACUUUGAUGUCUUCUAUUUAUUUGAGCCCCUGUACCAUGUCCAGUACACCUUGAUCCCAAAGCUGACCCAGAGCAAGAGCACCACUGACAGGAGGGUCAUGCUGGGCGCCAGCAGAGACUUGCUGAGGAGCCUUUAUGACUGUGACCUCUACUUUCUUGAGAACUACAUCAAACCCCAGCCGGUAAACCAUACAACGGACCGGCUCUUCCGCAGGGGGGCCAGCAAGGCCCUGUGCUCGCUGCCAGUUUGUGAAUCACUGGGGCCAAUUGACAUCCACCUGGAGGAAGGGGACUGUGUGAAAAAGUGUGGCACCUUGAACCUGACAUUGGCCACUGAGUCAUGCAAAGAGCAUGGGCAUGUGGCCAUCAAAACAGUGCGGGUGCCAGAGGUCAGUGACCUCAGAGCCUUGGUGGAGGAUCCCAGACUAAACCUGAAGGUUAUACAGCUGGUGAGGGACCCCAGAGGUAUCUUGGCUUCCAGGAGCGAGACCUUCCGAGACACCUACAGGCUUUGGAGGAUCUGGGAUGGUACUGGCAGGAAGCCCUACAACCUGGAUGUGACCCAGCUCACCACGGUCUGCGAGGACUUCUUGAACUCUGUAUCCACUGGACUAAACCGACCACCUUGGCUUAAGGGCAAAUACAUGCUGGUAAGGUACGAAGACCUGGCCAGAAAUCCCAUGAAAAAGACUGAGGAGAUUUACGGUUUCCUGGGUAUUCCCAUGGACAGUAAUGUCGAGCGAUGGAUACAAAACAACACAAGAGGGGACAGGUCCUCGGCCAAACACAAGUAUGGGACUGUCCGGAACUCGGCGGCGACAGCAGAGAAAUGGCGGUUCCGCCUCUCCUACGAGAUUGUGGAGUUUACUCAGAAUGCCUGCCAGCAGGUGCUGGCGCAGCUCGGCUACAAAAUGGCGGCCUCGGAGGAGGAGCUGAAGAACCUCUCCAUCAGCCUGGUGGAAGAAAGGGACUUCCUGCCCUUCUCGUAACCCAGGCAUUGUGCCCUCUUUUUGAUAUGGACUGUUUCUAAUUGUUGCCUUAUUUGAUUUUAUUUUAUUCCCCCCUCUCUCUCUCCAAAAUUUGCACUAAAUCUUGAAUGGGAAUCUCAAUGGCAUUAACGCGAGGAAGCUGCUUCCUCUCACGGUGCGCUUUGGACGCAAGGGCAUUGGGUGUCUCAGAGCAAGAGCUAGAACUGUGGCUGGGUAACAAUGUUUACAAAACACACACAAUGUAUAAAACAACCUUCAAGUUUUCCAAACCGAAGGGUACCUGGGGUACUGUACUUUUGCACUGUUUACUUUUACAAUGUAAGAGAUAAAUAUAUAUAAUUUAUGAAUGGUGGUGUCCCCUUGACCAUAAUUCCCCUUGCCUCCCGGUUCCAAGCAGGUUAUGCUGUUAGCUGAAUGUGGAAUAACCUCCUCGUUUUUCAAUCUCGUUUCGAUAUGUCUGUUUGUUUAAGUCGUGUUAUUGGGCUGGGCAGUUAGUCGGUUGCUGAUCCAUGGUUGUUUGGUAACACCUGUGACAUUUCUUUGUGCCAAAAAAAAAAAAUUUAGUUGAUUGGGCGGUUUGCUAAAAACAAACAAACAAAAUUAAUGCUUUAUCUCUGUGUUUUCUGUAAAUAAAAGAGUGCAAUGAAACUGAUCGUUCCUGGGGGGUGAAAUUCAACUGGAAGAGCUCAGUAAAUGCAGCUAGGGCAUAAAUAUGACAUGACUCCCCCUGGCAUCAAUAGGACUGACCCACCCCGUGGGGUAGGAUGUAGCUGUCCCCUUCAAAGCAUAGGAAUGGCACAAGGGAAUGAAGGUGAGGGAGACAGGGUACAGAGAUGCAAGCCACGAGUGGGCUAGGCUGACCCUGGAGACUCAUUCGUCGCUGGGGAAGGAAUGGGGUUUCAGAAUUUGCCACUGGCUGCAAUUCACUCUCUCUCGCUCAGGUGUGUGCAUGUUCGUAUUCAAAGUGUGUAAAAAUGCAGCUCGUUCAGUAAAAUAAUAAUAAUUUGAAAGCAUCUUCUGGCCUGAGGCCUGCUUAGAGGGGAUCUUUUGGCAGAAGCAUUGACGGGGGCCCAUGUAGCGUGCCCAGCAGCCCGGGUAUUGCACCGAGAGAAAUCACGUGCCCAGGUACUGAUCCAAUCAACAUGGCCUCUGGCCAAGGCAUUAAAAAUAACAUAGCCAAAAUCCAGU